CAGGGUUGGGGUGCUUCUACCUAGGACGGCGGAAGGAGUGGUGGUUGGAUCCCGCCCGGACGAGACUCAGGGGCCGCGGGGGUUGCAGAGUGGCCGGCGUCGCCGCUGAGAUGUCGUGGCACGUGCGGUGACGGUGCCCGCGCCCCGAGGGUACCAGUCUUGCGCCUCGCGUCCCUGGGCGAGCAUGGAGCGCCCGGAGCCCGAGCUGAUCCGGCAGAGCUGGCGGGCGGUGAGCAGCAGCCCGCUGGAGCAUGGCACAGUGUUAUUCGCCAGGCUGCUUGACCUGGAGCCUGACCUACUGCCCUUCUUCCAGUACAACUGCCGCCAGUUCUCCAGCACAGAGGACUGCCUCUCCUCCCCCGAGUUCCUGGACCACAUCAGGAAGGUGAUGCUCGUGAUUGACACUGCGGUGACCAAUGUGGAGGACCUGUCCUCGCUGGAGGGCUACCUUACAGGCCUGGGCAAGAAGCACCGUGCUGUGGGCGUCAAGCUCAGCUCCUUCUCGACGGUGGGUGAGUCUCUGCUCUACAUGCUGGAGAAGUGCCUGGGUCCCGCCUUCACACAAGCCACCAGGGCCGCCUGGAGCCAGCUCUAUGGGGCCGUAGUACAGGCCAUGAGUCGAGGCUGGGAUGGCGAGUGAGAGGCAGCUCCUGCCAGGGCCUCCACCUGGCAGCCUCCGUUUGUCUGCGUCUGCUUGUGGGUCUGUGUCUGUUGUAGCCCAGGCUCUCCUAGGCCUCCCUGUGUCUUGGUCCUUAUCCCCUUGGCCAUACUGGACAGGUGACGGAGUAGGGCUGGGUCUCCAUCUCCCCCACCCCCCAACUCCCACGUAAGUGUAGGUACGGGGGUGGGGGUGGCUUUUCCUUCAGGAAGGGUCUUCUGGAUCCCCCUCCUCACCCCCCGCCCCGUCCCCAGUAGCUCCUCCCUGCCUGUCUUAUUUCCCCUCUGGCAUCCCUUCUGCUGCCAUGAGGAGGAGCAGCAUUUUGGUGGCACAGAUGGCAUGGGGCCGGGAACAUAUAGGGCUUUGAGGGAAUGGGCGCUUCUCUCAGCGACCCUUGGGUGAGCCUGAGCCACGUCGGGAGAGGAACGGCUGAGCUCUGGACACCUUCCCAUCUCGCCUGCCUUAUGCUUUUCUCUCCCAGGGGUGUUUGCUCUUCACCAGGAGGAAGAAGGGACACUUAGCCUCCCGGUGGAAUCACAGACAGGUCAUCGGGAGCACCGCUGAGGAAGGGAGAGGUGCCCUGGGAUGUGAGAGGGCUCACUGGGGUCUCAGAGUCCUACUCUGAUGUCACCUGACAGAGUACUUUGUCUUUUGCAGUAUGUCCCUUUCCCUCACUCAGCACUUCUGGUGGGAGUGCCCUCAUUCUUGCUCUGUAAGAACAAGUUAGCCAGUGGGACAGGGUGAAGCUGUGGAAGGCCAAGGAAGUAGGGGUGACUCCGUUCCAGAGAGCCCUGAGUUCCUCACCACCCCCUCCAGCAGGGCCUGGGGCUCGUCUCCCGACCCUCCUUUCUGCCUCUGCCUACAUCGACUGUGAACCCACAACUCCCCAACUUUUCUACCCAGUGUGUCCCUGUUCUUAGGCAGGUGGAGA